UGCAGCACUGCAACACCAUAGGGAGCAGUCCAGGAAACCCCUUUCCGGCUUUUGGUCUCUACAAGUGCGUCUUCCCCAAAGUUGGGCGACAGUCCGGUCCUACUGUGGUUUCCAGGAAAUGCUGUCAUUCUGGGAUGUUGCUAUUGAUUUCUCUCCAGAAGAGUGGGAAUGCCUGGAGCCUGCUCAAUGGAAUCUAUACAGGGAUGUGAUGUUGGAGAAUUACAGCCACCUUGAAUUCCUGGGUCUUGCCGGUUCUAAGCCAUUCCUGGUGACAUUUCUGGAGCAAAGACAAGGGCCUUGGGAUGUAAAGAUACAAGCAGCAGCCCCUGUGCAUCCAGGAACAACACCCAAUGAUUGUAACAAUUACAGCAGGGACAUUGAUUGUAAAUCACUCCUUAUUCAACGCCAGAGAAUUCAUACAAGGGAGAAACCCUACAAGUGUGAAGAAUGUGGUAAGGGCCUUAGUUCUCAUAAAACCCUUUCCAUGCACCAGAGACUUCAUACUGGAGGAAAACCCUACACGUGUAAAGAAUGUCACAAGGCCUUCAAUACUCGCUCAUCACUUUUUAUACACCAGAAAGAUCAUACUGAUGAAAAAACCUACAAGUGUGGAGACUGUGACAAAUCCUUUUACUAUCCUUCAAUGCUAAAGCAACAUCAGAGAAUUCAUUCUGGAGAGAAACCCUACAAGUGUGAAGAAUGUGGCAAAUCCUUUUGCUAUCCCUCAUUCCUAAAGCAACAUCAAAGAACUCAUUGUGGAGAAAAUCCCUACAAUAAUGAAGAAUGUGGCAAAAGAUUUUCCAGUUCUGCACGCUUUCAGGAGUAUCAAACAAUUCACACUGGAGAGGAACGCUACAAGUGUGAAGAAUGUCACAAAGUCUUUCGUUAUCACUCCGCUCUUAGGAUACAUAAGACAGUCCACACUGGAGAGAAACCCUACAAGUGUAAGGAGUGUGGCAAAGGUUUUUCCUCACCUUCAUGCCUUAGACGACAUCAAACAAUUCACUCUGAAGACAAUCCCUACAAGUGUGAAGUGUGUGGCAGAUGUUUUUGCUCUUCUUCUUCCCUUAGACGACAUCAAACAUUCCAUUCUGAAGACAAUCCCUAUAAGUGUGUAGAGUGUGGCAAAAGGUUUUCCUGUUCUGCAAGCCUUCAGGAACAUCAAACAAUUCACACUGGAGAGAAGCCCUACCAGUGUGAAGAAUGUCACAAAGCCUUUCGUUAUCACUCAGCUCUUAGGAGACACAAGAGAGUUCACACUAGAGAGAAAUCCUACCAUUGUGAAGAGUGUGGCAAAUGUUUCUCCUCAUCUUCAUGCCUUGGACGACAUCAAGCAAUUCACACUGCAGACAACCCCUACAAGUGUGUACAGUGUGGCAAGGCCUUUGUUAAUCUUUAUAGCCUUACUCGACACAUGAUAGUUCAUACGGGAGAGAAAUCCUACAAAUGUCUUAAAAAAUUUACUUCUUCAGACCUUAAGACACAUCAAGUGACUUAUUCUGAAUAAAACUCUAUGAGUGCGUGGGGUGUGGUAAAAUCUUUGCUAAUCAUUCAGAUCUUAUCCAACUCUAACGAAUCCAUAGUGGAGAAUAUUAGGUUAAUCAUUUUGAAUGUUGACAGGAACAUCUAAUUUCCAGGAGCACAAAUGCCAAGAAUGUCAUCAGACAACAGUACAGACUUCUUUUUGCUGUGAUCUCCACACCAGUUUGUUCAAGCAGUGUGUUUGAAACUUGCCUUGAUGAGUUUCUUUCUUCUGUAUCUAUAAAUGUUCCAUGAAACUGUUACCAUAUCAUAACUUUGUCUGUCAGGUAUCCUAAAUCUGAGAUCUGG